AUGGCGGCCGCUCUCGCCGAGUCCAAGGCGACGUCGGAGCGAAUCAUGUCUGAGAUUGCUAGUCUAAAGCAAGACGUCGUAAAGAUGCACAAGAGCAUCGAAGCCAGAGAGCUAAAGCAGCCCAUCAUCAGCAACGAAGCCGAGGCAGCUGACAUGGCGACCCAACCUGCAAUUCAAGCCUCGACGACGAAGCUGAGGCAGCUGACAUGGCGACCUAACUUGCACAAAGGCGGCACGCGCUUGGCUGGCCUAGAACGGACCCUACAUGGCAAUCGCGAGUUCAGACGCGUCUGCCGCUCUUUUAGCAGAGAAUACGAGAACAACAAGCCGAUUUCCGACGUGGAUUUCAUCUGGAAAUUCAUCGACAGCAUCGACCUCUGUCUCUCAAAGCAUAUUCAGGAGUCGCUGGCCGCUGGCCUCUCCAACUACGUAUACACAAGAAAGCAGAUACGGGGGCAAAGUGACGAGCACUAUGUCACCAUAUCGCGCAAACUCUCGUGGGAUAUAUUCAGAAAGGCUCUUGACAAGAUAGCUAUGUUUUCGGCCUGA